CAUCAAGUGCUUCCUGGUUGAUCCUCCUGGUUCUAGUUUGUUCAAUAAGGUAACAAGGGGGGUGAUGUACACUAGAGAGGAAGCUGAAGGAAAAAGACUGAAGAAUCCUUUUGAUACAAUAACAGAAGGAAUUGGUAUCAAUAGAUUAACAGAAAAUUUUUUGAUGGCAAAACUUGAUGGAGCUUUUCGAGGCACUGAUAAGGAGGCUGUUGAAAUGUCAAGAUUUCUUUUGAAGAAUGACGGUCUCUUCCUCGGGAGUUCUUCAGCCAUGAACUGUGUAGGAGCUGUACGAGUGGCACAGUCACUUGGCCCUGGUCACACAAUAGUCACCAUUCUUUGUGAUAGUGGGAUGAGGCAUCUGAGUAAGUUUUAUGAUGCUCAGUAUCUUUCCCAGCUAGGUUUGACACCCACUGCAGCUGGACUAGAGUUCCUUGCUAUCAAAUGAGCUUCUAUCGGAGUUAGAAUAGCAUAUUAGCUUUAUUCUUUAGCAAACUUUUUACCGCCUCCACGGACUUGACCAGAAAACUUGUUGAUAAUGCAUUUCUCUGAUGGCAUCAUAGAGGAUCAAGUAAAAUCCAUUCUUUGAAAAUAGGUAUACAUGAUGAUUUUUUUGAGUGGUGAGAUUAUUUUUGACGAUCUACUUUGAAUAUGUAAAACUUCAUAUUAUUUUGGUUUGAUAGAGAAUCAAGAGUGUUAAAUUUUUUCUGUUUCUCUUGCUCAAGGAGAGUACCCAAACUGCAUCUCACCGUAUUAUAGACUGG